AAUGGAAAAGAUCUCGAGUCGUUGAUAAAUGCCGAUAGCUACGUUUCAUUAUUGAUAGCUAUGGAUUACUUGCAAAUGGAUAUCGAUCUGAAGCCGUUUGAAACGUUCCUAAGGCAAUGUAUGGAAAAAGAUAAAGAUUUUGAUCCGCAAAUGCUCGAAUUGUGUAAUUUCAUCAGCGGAAAUCGAGAUUACCAAUAUUUGGAAUCCAAUGUCCAUUACUAUCUAUCCUGUCAUUUCGUGCAUUUGCUCAAUCAUCAAGAAUUUCUCCUCUUACAAUUAGAAGAUCUCGUUGAUAUCAUGAAGAUGCAACAACGCGAAACCCUCUACUACCCUUGUGCUUAUGAAAAGAAUAUCGUUAGUCGGAUUUGUGCCAAAUGGAUCUGUCACGACGUUAAAAAACGAUCGAAUGGUUUUAUAAAACUGGUGAAUGCUGCGAAUUAUAGACUGUUUCGGACUUCAUUUCGAAUAACCGCUGCUAAUGUCAACAUUCCAUUGAAUAAUGUGAAAGAAGAUAUGAUUGAAGAAGGGAUCCGAAGAUAUUUUUUUGAUCUUUUGGAUUACAAUGGAGAAAUUGAUCUUGAUGACCCUGAAAAUCAAAAUUUCGUAUCGUCAGUGGGAUGUACUAGAAUAAAUGAAAUUUAUAAAAAACAAAAAUGGAUCAAAUUCUUUGAGAACGAAUAUUUAUACGAUGUAACGAUAAAAGCUGGUGAAAAAACGUAUAAACUUCAUCAAUCCGUGUUGAAAACAGCAUCGAGAUAUUUCACUGACCUAUUUUCUGCCAAAAACUGCCAAUCGCUGGGUCAAUCUGCGGAAUCAUCAACGUGUAAGAGUAAAGACAUACAUCACACAGUAAACAUCGAUGAAAAUACUUUUGACGCGGUCGUCAGGUACAUAUAUUUUGACGAUAUUGAAUUGAAAACGCUCGCAGAAUCAUUGGGAAUGCUGAAAGCAGGAGAAACUUUGAAAAUGAAUAAAUUGAUAGAAAAAAGUUUAUCUUGGAUAGAAAAUAAUGCAAAAGAUGUGAGUAUUGAAGAAAUUCUUCAAAUACUAGAUCUUACCGUAGACGACGACUCGUUCUCUAAUGUGUCGUCGUCUGCGUGUAAGCAGAUUUCCAAUUUAGUUUGCAAAUUUUUCAAAUCUGAUGCAGCCAAAAACCUUACGCGUGAUUUCUAUCAUCGCGUGUGGAAGGUUAACGAAACAUUACAAUGCGACAUAUUGACGAUAAUAUGCACGCGUUGGGUGGUGGAAAAUCUUCGGACACUGAAUAACGACGAUAUAACCAAAAUAUUGAACAAAAAGCACGCAGAGAAUCAAGUUCUUAAAUCUCUCAACUAUUACCGCGCAGAGAAGUCAUCUUUCGAUUGUGUUACUUACAUGUUGUACGCUAGUGAAAACUGGGGACUUGAGAAAUUGGUGAAUGUGGGCUUGAAAUGGAUUAUUGAAAAUGUGGACGAAAUGACACCUGAAAAUGUCAUCGAGGUAUUGAACUUCACCCGCGACAAAGAAAGAUUUGAUCGCGAACACGCGUUUUUGCUGUAUAAGCAUGUGCUUGCCACAUGGCCAUACAUCAACGAAUCGCUGUUCUGUACGAUUACUUGCGCUACGUUGAAGAAUAUACUCGCUUUACCAAGUUUCCAUUUCGAUGAUCCUCAUCAGAUCGUGGAUAUUUGUGCUAAAUGGAUCGCACACGAUGUAGGAAGCCGGUAUCAAUUAAUACCUGAAAUUGCCUCGAGUAUAAAUCGCAAUCGCACAGUGAACCGAGAUGAUUAUAAGAUUGCUGAAAUUCCUCAAGAUUUGAGUAGCUGCUCGCAACAGUCGAUCAGAGAAAAAUUAUGGGAAAUACUGUGCGUAACUUCGUUAGUUCCUCAUUCCAGUACGGAAGAUUCAACAAUGGGAGAAAUUCCAAUAUUUAUUGCAACGUCCUAUAAAUACGAUGGAACUGCAGGCUUUAGGUGUAAUAUUUUGGAUGUGAAGUUGAACAGUAUUGCACCUUUGAGGUCUCUCCAGUUUCAUUAUGAGGAUGAUUCGGAAAAGUACUACCACCCAGAGUAUCCAUUAUCGGCAACUCUAAUCGAGGAUAAUUUAUUCAUGCUUUGUGAGAUAUACCACAAAUCUGCGUUCUACGUUUACAAUUUAUCGUUAAAGAAACUCUACUCUUUGGCAGGAAUCCCUCGCAUUGCACGAGGUCGCGAUGGUGUAAUAUUAAAUUGCGAGGGUCGAGUGUACUGUUGCUUCAGGGAAUCUGGUGCAGUAAUGAGAUAUUCCACAAAAUUGAAUCGAUGGGAAAUGAUUUUUAAAGGUGGCGAAAUAGAACGGUAUGGUUUUAAUAGGGUCAGAAGAAUUUAUCUUUUUACUAGUGAUGGCACACACCUAUACAGAAUUUUCAAAAACGAUUCCAAUCAUUACGUCGCACAAAUGUGGAAUUCCCAACAAAAUUCUUGGAUUUUCCUACCAGAUCUGCCUACUUUGCGUGAUUCUGAGUGUCCUUUAAGACUGACCAAUGUCAAAGAUGGUAUCGCCAUAUUACUCCAAUCUGUGAUAUUUUUGUUCGAUCUUAAAUUAUCAUCAUGGCGAGAGAUUUCGCUUCCUGUGAGAUGUUUGAGCAAUUUCAGUACGGAUACUAUACUCAUCACGUAUUACGAUAACGGUCUGUUGUAUGUGUUUAGAAAUGAAAUGUAUCAAUUACAAAAUCUACAAGGGAAUUGGGCGAUGAUGAAGGACAAACUAGGCGACCAAGAUUUUUACAAUGUGGCGGCUGUUCAUCGUUGCUUCAAGGAUACAUGCACUAGUGAUGAGGUCAUUUUGCCCGAAAAAAAGAAAAAAAGAAGAAGGAGAAAAAAUAAAAAUCAGUCAUGAGUCAGUUUCUGGUUAUAGUAUGUAUCAAUUUAUGUGGAUCAUCAUGAGAGCUUCCUUGAUGGUAGGAUGUACCAUAUAGCACAUCUCUUAAUUACUUACCAUUACUUCUAUUAAGUAUAAUUAUAUUAUGCCUACAUUUAAGUUCAUAUUAGAAUUAAUAAAUCUUCUCCAUUUUGAAAUUAGUGUAAUGUAUUAUAAAUGCUAUCAAGUAUCCACCCAAUAAAAAUCUUUUACAA